AUGUCUCAACAAACUCUUGAUGAACAACAAAAUUAUGUCCAACUUCAACAUCACGUGCAACCAAAUCAUGAUCGACAACUUCAACAUCACGUGGAACAAAAUCUUAAUCCAAAUCAACAAACGCUUCAACAACAAAUUAUUGAUCAUGAAAUUAUUGCAUUUGAUAAUUCAUUAUCAUUUCAAAACAUGACGAGUGAUAACAAAAAUAAGGCAGCGCAAUCUUUGCCACCACCACAGCAACGCCAAUUAGUUUAUGUUAAAAGCAACUCCAUUAACAUUAAUAACGAUAUUAAUUUUAAUCAUCUCGAUUUAAAUUUAAAUGUUUCUUCAUUCAAUUCUAGAAACAACAACGAAGACCCGUUUAUUACAACAAUUACAGAUCAUAUGUUAAUUAUUAAAGACUAUAGAAUGAAGAUUAAUCAACACCAUUUCGAAUUGGAACAAAUUAUCAAUAUGUUAAGACGUAGAGAUAAUAAUCGCGAUUUAAAUUUAAAUUUAAAUGUUUCUUUAUUCAAUUCAAGAAACAAAAAUGAAGACCCGUUGAUUGCAGCAAUUACAGAUCAUAUGUUAUUUAUUAAUGACUAUAGAAUGAAGAUUAAUCAACACCACUUCGAGUUGGAACAAAUUAUCAAUAUGUUAAGACACCCGUUGAUUGCAGCAAUUACAGAUCAUAUGUUAAUUAUUAAAGACUAUAGAAUGAAGAUUAAUCAACACCAUUUCGAAAUGGAACAAAUUGUCAAUAUGUUAAAAUGUAGAGAUAAUAAUCGUGAUUUAAAUUUAAAUGUUACUUUAUUCAAUUCUAGAGACGAAAAUGAAUAUCCGCUUAUUACAGCAAUUACAGAUCAUAUGUUAAUUAUUAAAGACUAUAGAAUGAAGAUUAAUCAACACCAUUUCGAAUUGGAACAAAUUGUCGGUAUGUUAAGACGUUUGAAGAUUAUUGAAGGAAUAGAAGGUUUUGUCAACGAUGGUGGUAAUAGCAUCGAGAGUGAUAAAUUAACCGAAUGA